AUGGAGCAGGAGGGUCGUCUGGAGAGGCCAUGCACAGGGGAGUCUGCCCUCCAGGGACAGGGCGCUGGCAGCGUGGAGGACUUGGGAGGCCUCGACCAGCACGGCCGCCCUGAGCCACCUGUGGGAGGAGUAAUUUCUCCUCGGAGCGCCCUGCAGACGUGGUGCAGGAAGGGGGCUAGGGUGGCACCUGUUCCCCGGGCAUCCACCAUUGUGUCUUGUCUGUCCCCAGGCACUCUGAAGGCUGUGUUCUUCCUCUUCGCGUCCAUAUGCGCCUGGUAUUCUGGGUACCUGCUUGCAGAGCUCAUUCCGGAGGUAUCCCUGUCCAGUGCUGCUUAUAGCAUCCGGAGCAUUGGUGAGAGGCCCGUCCUCAAGGCCCCAGCCCCUAAAAGGCAGAAAUGUGACCACUGGACCCCGUGCCCCUCGGACACCUACGCCUACCGCUUGCUCAGCGGGGGCGGCAGGGACAAGUAUGCCAAAAUCUGCUUUGAAGACGAGCUGCUUAUAGGAGAAAAGACUGGAAAUGUUGGAAGAGGAAUAAAUAUUGCCAUUGUCAACUAUAUGACUGGGAAAGUGACGGCAACACAGUAUUUUGAUAUGUUUGAAGGAGAUAACUCCGGACAGAUGAUAAACUUUAUUCAGAGCGCACCGUCAAAGUCGUUGCUUUUCAUGGUGACCCACGAUGAUGGAGCCAGCAGGUUGAAGGAGGACGCCAAGAAGGUCAUAGAAGGACUCGGAAGUAAACACAUCAGGAACAUACAGUUCAGGUCGAGCUGGGUAUUUCUCACGGCCAAAGACCUUCAACUUCCCGAAGAAAUUCAGAGAGAAAGUAUCAACCACUCUGACAGUGCAAGGAACAGAUACUCUGGCUGGCCUGCAGAGGUACAGAUAGAAGGCUGCAUACCGAAAAAAACAAGCUAACGUUGCGCGACCUUAAUAAAUAGAUUAUGUAUAGACCAACA